UUACCUUUAUUAUUGCGAUAGACAACUCAUUUGGUUUUAUUCAAUUUGGUUUUUUACAGAAAACACAGAGAAUUUGAUUAAAAUCAACGAAUUUCAAAUUAAUUUGAGAAAAAAAAAUGUAUCAACAACAACCAUACGGUGCAGCACAAGGUGGAUAUCCUGCCUAUCCUGGUAAUCCACAACAAUAUAAUCCAGAAGCUGGUCUUGCUGAUCAAUUCGAUGGAUUUGGUUCGAAAGCAGUUCGUCUUGGUUUCAUUCGAAAAGUCUAUGGAAUCUUAUCGGUUCAACUUGCUAUUACAUUUGGAUUUGUAGUUGCUUUAUCAGCUAAUGAAAAAGCUGUCCAAUGGACCCGACAAAACAGCUGGAUAAUGUUUGUGGCAUUGGGUGUGGUUUUGGUUACAAUGAUUACGUUGACUUGUUGUGGAAAUAUGGCUCGUAAAACUCCACAUAAUUAUAUUUGUUUGUUUUUAUUUACAUUGGCCCAAUCGUUUUUGGUGGGCGUUAUAGCUUCAAUGUAUCAAGUUCAAAUAGUCAUCUAUGCGGUAUUGAUAACUGGUGUAAUUUGUCUUGGUUUAACAUUGUUUGCGUUCCAAACAAAAAUCGAUUUCACCGUAUUCAAUGGAAUGAUGUUUAUAAUAUUUCUUGUGUUUAUGAUGUUUGGUUUCAUCAAAAUAUUUUUCCCACAUAACAACACUAUGCAUUUGAUAUAUUCAUGUAUUGGAGCAUUGUUAUUCUCAGCGUUCUUAGUAAUCGACACUCAAAUGAUUGUUGGCGGUACUCAUAAACUGCAAAUAUCAACCGAAGAUUAUGUAUUCGCAGCAUUAACACUUUAUCUUGAUAUUAUCAACAUCUUCUUAUAUAUUCUAGCAAUACUUGGUUCUAAUCGGAAUUAGUGAAACCCUAAUUCUUUCAUGUUGUUCCCGAAUGCUGCUACUGCUGCUUCUUCUGCUGUUAAAAUUAAAAUCAAACGAACGAAAAAAAAAUACCGACCAACAAAAUUAAUAUCGACCUUUUUGUUUUUCUAAUGAAAGAAAUGAAGAAAAAAUAACGAUGUUGUUAACACAGGAAAAUUUCUAUUUUGAUUUUCGCUAAUUAUUAUUUGUUUGUUUGUUUUUAUUUCAUUUAAUUGAUUAUCAUAUUAAUAAUGUUUUAUAAAAAAAAAAUAAUUUCAUUUUCUCAUCAAUCUACUUACAUUACAUUUUCACCAAUCUUUUCAUUUUCUUUCACUUAGCUUAAUAAUAAUAAAAAUCUUUUCAUCCAAAA